UUCACUUUUUCUGACAGUGUGGCUUCAGAGUAAGAAGAGAAACAAGUUUUUGGUGAAUAUUUUCAAAUUUUUUAUGUUGUUCCAUGUAAAGUUGUAUUGAAUAUGGACAUGAUGAUGUUAACCUCUUGUUUUCCUGAGAAUUAUUUUAACCAUGGCCCCAAUUGGUAUGAAGUGCUUUAAGAAUAGCUCUGUGACUACCCAAAGGAGAUUGGGUUAAUGGCUUUUGCCUUAAAGCUUUUGCUACUUAAGCACUUUAAGAAUAGCACCGCUGACUUUGAGACUGUUAGGGAUAUCAAAGAGAACCUUUACUACUUAAGGUGAAGAAAUAACAUUAUAGUUUGGUAUGCUUUUUUGGGAUUUGUUUCAUUACAAUUCAUUAAAUUUGUUUUCCUGCAGUUAUGAUUACAAUAGGGAAUAUCAAUUGGGACUUGAGACUACCAUCCUUGUUAAGAAUUAUACUAUAAGUUUAUUCUCUUAUCUAUCUGUGUAAUUAAAUAGAAUCUUCUAGGAAUUGUUCAACUUACUUUCCUUUUGGGCAUGGUGUGACUAUGAUUGUGACAUAUAAAAUAUCCCAAGCUGGGAGGUUUAAAGCAAUUAAUAGCAAUGGUUGCUUUUUUUUUUUUUUUAAAUUAUCUCAUAGUAGUUUCAUAUAUGGUGCCUUCAUGCGGAAUAUUUUAAAAGUAGUUGAAAAUAUGUACUUAUGUGUACUUACUAUUUAACUCAUGGAUUUUUGUCUCAUAUUUCUCUUUGGUUUCUUCAUUUUGUAGGAAAUUAACGCACAGUUUAUAUAUAUAUAUAUAUAUGACAUAGGUUAUACUUUUCCGUAUUAAAAUUUGUACGUAUUUUUUGUUAAUUUAUUAAGAAAAGUUGAUUUAAUCAACUGCCAGAUGGAAGGGUCAUCAGUAAUUUCAAUGAGCAUUGAAAGAGCUCUCUCUCUCUCUCUCUCUCUCUCUCUCAAUAUUAAUGGUUGGAAUUGUUGCUAAUAUAUCUUUUGGUACUUGCUUAGAAUUCUAUAAAUGAUAAACAACUAGAAAUUUCAGCGAUGUUAGCUAUCUCACUGAACUUUCCUGUCAUUUUAUUUGUGUUUCUUCUUUUCAACACUGAAGAAGCUAUGGGAUUGUUAUUCAAUGUGUACACAAUUCAAGCUUGGUUGAGAGUAUCUACUGGCCUACUAGUAAUAUCGUUGUUUGAUUUACCUAGCAGUGUGAGUUUAGAUCUGCCAAGUGAAUUACUAGUUUAGUAUUAUGGAUGAAAAAUCAAUUAGAUUGUUUGGGGCAUUUUUUAAACAGAGGAUUACUGGUCAUUAUAUGCUGUUGCUGGUGGAAUUAGGACGGUUAUUGGGUGGGCCUGGUUGUUAUUGCUUGGUUCACGUGCAAAUCAAAUGAUGAAAUUUGCGGUUCACAUAUUGACUACUUAUCUCGCUGUGAUUAGUGUGUUGUGUUUUUGGGGCGAACAAUUUUUCUGGGGUGUUGCUUUUGCUGUUAGAGCUGCAUUGCAGUUGUUGUAUAUCAUAUACUUUAUAGACAGGCUUCCAUUUACCAUGUGGGUUUUGCAAGGAGCUGUUAAGAUGGUGUGGAGUCUUCUCGGGGUUUUGAGAGUAGCAUGCACAUUCAUGUUAGCCAUGCUUUUAUGGCUAGCAUUAUGGUCUUUCGGUGCAGCUGGUGUUGUGGCUUCAAGCAUGGGUGAUGGUGGACGUUGGUGGCUUCUUGUGGUAUUCUCUCUAAGUUUAUUUUGGAUGAGUGCAGUUCUCUGUAAUACUGUUCAUGUUAUUGUGUCUGGGAUGGUGUUUCUUGUUCUUCUCCAUGGUGGUCGAGAAGCGGCAUCAAUGCCUUCCAAGCCACUGAUGAAGUCUCUGUGGUAUGCCAUGACUACUUUUGGUAGCAUUUGCUAUGGAUCACUCUUUACAGCUGCUAUCUGGACAUUACCGUGGAAGGUAGUCACAUAUUGCUUUGAAUUAAGUUUACAGAAAUAUUAUUUGCACAAGUGGAUAGCAUUCAUAGAUAUUAUCAAGCGUGCAUGGGUAUGACUGAUUAUGCAGUUUGAUUGAAUUCUUUCAGAUUAGGGGAUUCAGAUAAAAGAUUGGCAACAAUGUGUGUUUGUUGUGCUGUGUUGAUUUUCCUAUUUUAUCUUGUGGAGACUCUGGUUCGUUUUUUCAACAAGUAUGCCUAUGUCCAGGUAAUUCCAUUAUCCUUUUAUUGGUUGAGAGCUCUGUUUCUGCUCCUACGGAUGGAAAAAACACCCGUGGUCUAACAAUGGCCCAAGCACCCUCCAAUAUGGUUGGGCAUCUAUCCCAUUUUCACACCAAACUAUGAGGUAACUAUUGUCUAUCAUUUUAUCUAUCUCACAGAUGACUAAGUGACCAAUAUUUCUACCUUCUAAAACCACAGAGAAAUGCAAUCUUUCUAAUUUAACAACAAAAUCUAUAUGAUAAAGGACAGUAAGCAAGCAUUCCACAACAAAAGUCAAAGUCCUUGUUUUAACAAAAUGAUAAAUAGUAGAUGAACAACUUAAAUCAUAUAGUAGCCUUCUAAGAAACCUUCUGAUUGAUUAGAACUUCAGUUCAUGCUUUUGUUCGUAGACCUUCUCAUUUGGAUUUCUAAGAAAAUGGUUUUGAUCAUCAUCUUUGGUUUGCCAGGAACACCAUUAGGGAAGGCCACUGAAGCCCUUCCUUUGUCAGCAUUCUCAAACUGGGCAUGGCAAAUGCAAAGCCAUAACGUGGUGUUGAAGUCGACUGGGGUUGAUAUCUUCAUAGAGUUUUAAUUCAUAUAAUGACCUAUGUUGAACUAAUUUGAUCCUAUUUUGAGUUUUAACUCAUAUAAUAAACCAUGUUGAAGUGACUUUGGAUACUUUGUGUUUUAAUUUUUGUAAAAUUUUAUUUUCUAUAUACUCUUUGUGGUUUGGGAGGAAAAUGCCUUUGGUGUGUGGAUUUUAAAUUUUUAUUUUAUUUUAUUUUAUU